ACCAUCCCCAAUGGUGUAGGAUUGAAAUUGAUCUUUAAAAAUGUUCAAUGAAUGGAAUUUAAAAAUUUCACGCACUAAUGAUAAAAUACCUUUAUUGACGUCGUUGUUAGAAUUAUUUGAAAGAAACAAACCUAUUUAACACUGGCCCGUUCGUAAACACUGUGCGUUGGCGCUGAUUUCAGGAUCUUUGAAGUGCCCAUGAUACCUGUUAUCUGCUUCAACUGACAUAAUUUACGUAUACUAUGUUUGAUGAAGACAAUGACGACUUCAGCUUCCUCGACGAGGAAUUUUUAAAAGAUGCGCUUCAACCUACAAGUCCAAGGAAAACAUCCUCAAAAAACAGAGAAGUGCCAAAAGUCAUCCAACAGAGGACGUUAGUUAAUGUAGAUAAAACUCCUUCUUCCAAAUCUUCUGAUACUUCAAACAAAAGAUUAAAUAAUUGUGGUAAACUCUUCAGCAUUGAUAAAAGAAAGGAUAAUGAGAGAGAUGAAUCUGCUGUCAAAGAUAAAAAAACUGAUAAAGUUGGCUUGAACAGUAACUUGGAAUUAGAUGACUUUUUUGACUGGAGUGACACGGAUAAUGAUUUUUGUGUAGAAUCUCUUCAGAAUACUCCUCCUGAUUCAGAAUUUGCUAGAGUUUCCUUACAGCAGCUAGAUGAUCUAGCGCAAUGCAAAGAAAAAUAUAAUGAGGAGCCAUCAUCAUCCGCAGAUUUUAGAGUGAGAAUUUUGCAAAGUUUACAAGUGCAGAAGCAGCUUAGUAAAACAAAAAAUGAAAGUGGUGCCAAGCAAUCUUUAGCGAGAAAUGUGGAAUUAGAACCAGCUUCAGGUACAGAAAACAGAAAAAGAAUACACCAAGAUGAUUCAAGUGAUGAAAAUUUUAAUGGUGUCAUUAAAAGGAAAGUAACUUCAUUGGUUGGUGAGACCCAGGGGUCAAAAUCAGAGAAAAAUGUUAGGGAUAAUUGUUCGUUCUUCACUCCUUUAAAAUCAGGACAGACAUCUAUGAAAAAAUCUGUAUCUCCAGGGGGUCCAGUUAUACAGAAGAGAAAAUUCCCUGGUCCUGCAGGUCUUUUACCACAAUUGGUUAGUGGUUUUAGAACUACACACAUGAGUGUCCAGCCAUUGUGUGAAGAAGAUAGCAGCCCAUCUGUCAGUAGGGAUAUCGUUUGCUCUCAAAGCUCUGCUGAUGAAUUCUUAUGUGGACCAUGGCAACAAAUGUUAGAUGACCUGGAACUAAAUCAACCAAAUCAAGCAUCUCCCUUGACAGUCUUCAACAUUAAAUGGAUCUUGAGAAGGGCUGCCUUGAGGGGAUAUGCUGGUGUCCGCAAGAUACCCUUUCUAGCUGUCAUGGUGCGCAGCAUUGAUGCUUCAAUCUCUGAUGCAACAGUGCUAUUAAGAGAUAAAACAGGUGAAAUGAAUGGUACUAUUUCAAGCUCAGUUUUGGAAGAAUAUUCUGAAGCCAUUACUCCGGGAUGCGUAUUGUUGUUGAGGAAUGUAACACUCCUUUCUCCAGUAAGCCUGAAAUCAUCUGUUGGAGGAGAGGUUGUACGACGUCAUUAUUUGAACAUAACUCUCAACACUAUUCACACUAUCUAUUCAUCUGAGGAGUCAGGUGAUAUUAUUACGACAACUGUCAGUGGUGGUAAUAUAAAAGAACUAUUGCAGCAAGCUUCAGCCCUAAAAGUAACAUCAGCACCUCGAGCUAUUGUAGAAGAAGAGGAGGAAGAAAUGACAAAAGAGACUCCUGAACAAAAACAACAGCUAUUUUCACAUGUAAGUAAUUAUGGUAAUUCAUCUUCGCAGCAUAUUCAUGAAAAUUGGAGAGGCCCCAGACCUUAUUUAAAUACUCCUUUAAGUGGAUCUCCUCACCAAAAGCAGAGAUUUGUUUUCAACUCUCCUCUGAGCAAUAAUCCUAGACCUCACAGUUACCAAGGAAAUGAGGCAAGACCCAUCUCAGCAGAUUUCCGUGCAAGGUUUGCUCCAAGAAGUGGCAUAGAUAAUCAGUCUCCUAAGGCUCUGAAUGCCAGUGGUAUUGUAAGACUGCAGAGAUUUCCAUCUCCUUUGCAACCAUCUACAUCGGGCUAUUCCUUUCAAGGUUUUUCUAAAGUAUCUGGUCCUGUGACACAGCCUUCACAAGUUGUUAAUAGUAGUUCUCAGAUGAGUAGCAAUAUAUUUCGUAGUCAAGAGGAAGAAAAAGAGGUUAAUGAUUUGUUAGAGAAUAUUGAUGAAGAUUCAUUAUUUGGAGAUUUUUAAACAAAAUCACAUUGUUUUGUUUAUGGAGAAAGAUAUGUAUUUAAAUAUAUGUUGAUAUUUUUAUAAGAA